AUGUUUGCAGUAGGCAGCGAAAAUGGCAGAGCUAUGAUAGAGAGUUUUUCUUUUUUUUUUACAUUAAUUAAAAUAAUUCUUCUUUUGUUCAUUAAAUGAUUCUUCUUUCUUACACUGUCUCGUUCUCUUUCGCUGUAUUUUCUUUAACAGUUGCAAGUAUUUUUUCCCCUCUAGGGAGACUGUUGUUUUUAUAUUAUUAUUAUUAUAUGGAGGAUGGAGGGUCUAUAUUUUGCGGAACGAUGUGAUGUAACAGAGCAGAGCAGACUCCUCUUCUAGCUCUUAUUCUACUUUCUUCUCUUCCUUCUUAAUAUCGUUAUAUUGCAGGAGAAAAAAAAAACAACAUAUGUUAAUAAUAGGGACAACGAAAGUAUCAUAAAAAGUUGAGCAGAUUCUUUGAUUCUCCAGCAUCAUUUCCACAGCAAGUAGAACAGUGGGAGACAAAGCUGAGGCUUUUAUUUUCUUGGGGGUUUUUAUAAGAAUAUUUUGUUCUUCUUUCUCGAGUUUGAGAUAAUGGUGUACUGAGGUGGUUUGUUUGAAACAAAAAGAAAAAGGUUUCUUCUUGCAAAAAGAGGUUGAAUGAUGGCAUUGUCAUUUCGUUUGGAGUUGGUCUUGUUGGUUUCUCUCUUAUGCUUGAAUUUGGCUUUUGGGGAUUCAGAAGAUGGGGCAACACUCUUAGAGAUAAAGAAGUUCUUUAGGGAUGUGGACAAUGUCCUAUAUGACUGGUCGGAUACACCAUCUUCAGAUUAUUGUGUUUGGAGAGGGGUCACUUGCGACAAUGUCACCUUCAAUGUCGUUGCACUCAACCUAUCAGACUUGAAUCUUGAUGGGGAAAUCUCACCAGCCAUUGGAGAUCUCAGGGAUCUUCUCUCUCUUGACCUUAGAGGAAAUCGUCUGUCUGGACAAAUCCCAGAUGAGAUGGGUGAUUGUUCAUCUUUGAAAAGCCUGGAUUUGUCAUUUAAUGAGUUAUAUGGAGACAUACCGUUUUCGAUCUCGAAACUGAAACAACUGGAAUUUCUGAUAUUGAAAAGCAAUCAGUUAAUCGGACCAAUACCUUCAACUCUGUCACAGAUUCCAAACCUGAAAGUUUUGGACUUGGCACAAAAUAGACUCAGUGGAGAAAUUCCGAGGCUAAUCUAUUGGAAUGAAGUGUUACAGUACCUUGGUUUGCGAGGAAACAAACUAGUUGGUGGGCUCUCUCCGGACGUGUGCCAGCUAACUGGUUUAUGGUACUUUGAUGUGCGGAACAACAGCUUGACUGGCAGCAUUCCUCAGAAUAUAGGCAACUGUACUGCCUUCCAAGUCUUGGACUUGUCCUACAACCAGCUAACUGGGGAAAUUCCAUUCAAUAUUGGGUUCUUGCAAGUAGCUACGUUAUCUCUGCAAGGUAAUCGACUUUCUGGGAAGAUCCCUUCUGUUAUUGGUCUGAUGCAGGCACUCGCUGUAUUGGAUUUAAGCAGCAACAAGUUAAGUGGACAUAUCCCUCCUAUUUUGGGGAAUCUGACCUACACUGAAAAAUUAUAUUUGCACGGUAACAAACUGACUGGGUCAAUUCCCCCCGAACUGGGAAAUAUGUCGAAGCUGCACUAUUUGGAACUGAAUGAUAAUCAACUUACUGGGCAUAUUCCACCAGAACUUGGGAAGCUAACUGAGCUAUUUGAUCUGAAUGUUGCUAAUAACAACCUUGAAGGACCACUUCCCGAUAAUCUUAGCUCAUGUACAAAUCUCAACAGCCUUAAUGUGCAUGGCAACAAGUUGAAUGGAACCAUUCCAUCUGCUUUUGAAAGGCUAGAGAGUAUGACCUAUCUGAAUCUCUCCUCUAACAAUAUCAAGGGCUCUAUACCAAUUGAGCUCUCCCGAAUUGGUAAUUUAGAUACUCUGGACAUUUCUAACAACGAAAUUAAUGGCUCUAUUCCUUCAUCCCUUGGUGAUUUGGAACACCUUCUAAAGCUGAAUUUAAACCGGAAUCAUUUGGCCGGAGUCAUUCCAGCAGAAUUUGCUAAUCUGAGAAGUGUUAUGGAGAUAGACCUUUCAAAUAAUCAUCUAUCAGGUGUCAUUCCUCGGGAACUCAUGCAGCUUCAGAAUUUGUUCUCAUUGAGGCUUGAAAACAACAACUUAUCCGGAGAUGUGAUGUCACUAGUCAACUGCCUCAGUCUUACAAUCUUAAACGUGUCUUAUAACAACCUUGCUGGUGAUAUUCCCACAAGCAAUAACUUUUCAAGAUUCUCACCAGACAGCUUUAUUGGAAAUCCCGGGCUUUGUGGCUAUUGUCUCUCUUCUCCAUGCCAUGUGUCUCAUCCUGCGGAGAGAGUUGUAAUCUCCAAAGCAGCAAUCCUAGGCAUUGCACUUGGUGCCCUUGUGAUUCUUUUGAUGAUCUUGUUUGUUGCAUGUCGCCCGCACAAUCCUACGCCUUUUCCAGAUGGAUCGUUGGAUAAGCCAACAGUUACUUACUUGAGACCGAAAUUAGUGAUUCUUCACAUGAAUAUGGCACUUCAUGUAUAUGAGGACAUCAUGAGGAUGACCGAGAAUUUGAGUGAGAAGUAUGUAAUUGGCAAUGGUGCAUCAAGCACGGUCUAUAAAUGUGUUCUUAAGAAUUGCAAGCCAGUUGCCAUCAAGAGACUCUAUUCGCAGUAUCCACAGUGCUUGAAGGAGUUCGAGACAGAACUUGAAACAGUAGGGGGUAUUAAACACCGAAAUCUGGUCUGUCUUCAAGGAUAUUCAUUCUCCCCUUCCGGGAAUCUUUUAUUCUAUGAUUACAUGGAAAAUGGCAGUCUUUGGGAUCUCCUCCAUGUUUCUACCAAGAAGAAAAAGCUUGGUUGGGACAUGCGUUUAAGGAUAGCACUUGGAGCAGCGCAAGGGUUAGCUUAUCUGCAUCAUGAUUGUAGUCCCAGAAUCAUCCACAGGGAUGUCAAGUCAUCUAACAUUCUGUUGGACAAGGAUUUUGAGGCUCAUAUUACUGAUUUUGGCAUUGCGAAAAGCUUAUGCAUCUCAAAGUCUCACACUUCCACUUACAUCAUGGGCACUAUUGGUUAUAUAGACCCUGAAUAUGCCCGCACUUCCCGCCUGACUGAGAAGUCAGAUGUUUACAGCUAUGGGAUUGUCCUACUCGAAUUACUGACUGGAAGGAAACCUGUAGACAACGAAUCCAAUCUCCAUCAUCUGAUUUUGUCUAAGACUGCCAAUAACUCUGUCAUGGAAACUGUUGAUCCGGAGAUCACUGAUACAUGCAAGGAUCUUGGAGCAGUUAAGAAAGUUUUUCAGCUAGCCCUUCUAUGCACGAAGAGACAACCGUCUGAUCGACCAACCAUGCACGAAGUGACCCGGGUUCUAGGAAGCCUAAUGCUAUUAGACACCCCACCAACAAAACAGCUGGCAUCGAUACAACUGUCCAAAGUUACUUGCUACAAAGAUGAGUAUGUAAAUCUCAAGACUCCACACUUAGUCAAUUGCCCCUCAAUGAGUACCUCACAAGGAUCAUGGAGAGGUCAUAUCUCUUGAAGCCAAUCAAUGUAAGCAUCAAAAUAUUCCAGGAGUGAACAGCAUUAGAUGAUUUGAGUGAAAAGUGAUCAUGGGGAAAUGUGUAUAGAGACUAUGGUUUCAAUUAUUGUAGCUUAGAGAAAGAAAAAAGGAAAAGGAUGGGACUUGGAAAGUUGAUAGUACUGGUACCACAAAUUAAUGCUUGUAUAUUGUACCAUAUGAAAUUAUGGUGGUAACUUUGUUAUUGUCUCAAAAUGGGGUCUCUGCCUCUGGCAACUAAGCUUCUGCAUUAGUGGGGUCGCAGUUUCAGGCUGAAAGGGGGAGAGUUGGGUGUGUGCUCUGCAUAAAAAAACACAUAAUAUACAUGACCUGCAAUAAUGCACCGAGAAGCCUUAGCUGUGUUCUGAACGCUAUCAGUUAUUAGUACAUAUUUUUUAUUACUGAAAGAUAACCAUCGAUUUGCUCA